UUGGGAAGUUCCUAAAGGAUCCGGCACCAUAAGCGCAGAAUUGCACCAUAUUGGGUUGCUUUAUAUCGACGCCUGGUCCCGCCGAUCGCGCCCCCAGCUUGAGCACCCGCUAAAUCCUUUAUUUCUCCGACUUUCACUGCACUCGUUAUGCCUCCCACGCCUCCCUCGACCACGCCGUCAAGUGGAGGGAGCCACUCCCCUGACGUUCACUACCGGGUUGUACGAAAGAGGAAUCGAGUGCCUCUUUCCUGCGGGCCUUGCAGACAUCGAAAGCUCAAGUGCAACCGGGCACAUCCUUGCGAGAAUUGUGUAAAGAGGGGCGACGCGGAAUCAUGUAGUUAUGCCGCUGCGGGGGCUAGGAAGCGAAAUCAGUCAAGUCAUGACUAUGCUAACUCUCCAGACGAGAUGCAAAAUCGUAUUGACCGUUUAGAAGGCCUAGUUCUUUCACUGAUGACCAACGGCAGUCAAUCUGCAGGUCCGGCAGCAGCCACUGCAGCAAUAUCAACCCACGCGAGUACGACGUCACCUGAACAAUCACAAGGCAAUGACGAAGAGGAUAUGGAUCAUGGUGAAAAUGAAGAGGAAGAGAGUGAGACCGAUCAGGUUGCUCGUUCAUUUGGAAUAUUAAAGGUGGAAAACAACAAAUCCACAUAUUUCAGUGAUGAGCACUGGGCUUCACUUCUCAUCGAUAUUGCUGAGGUGAAGAACUUUUUUUCCAAUCAUAAAAGGCAAAUUGCCGAGCAAAGUGACCGACUGCACCAAUCCAAGGUGUCGAGCGAUAUGAAUCCUUAUCCUUUUGUCUUCGGUGCGACAAGGCCGCCAAACCGAGCAGAAAUACUUGCUGCGAUUCCAAAAAAGCCGAUGGUAGAUAAAUUGGUGGAGAGGUACUUUACCUCAUACGAUCCAGCUCUUCAUAUCAUACAUGCGCCGCUCUUUCGAAAGCAGCUUGAACAAUACUGGUCUGACCUUCGACAAGCGAACGAUAUAUGGAUUGGAUUGCUUUACGCUAUAAUGCGCCUGGCGAUGCAGUCAUAUACUCGGAUUGGCGACGAGCCACAAGAAUUUCGGUUCCGGAGCGUAGAGCUUGCGAACCUUUACCGGACCCUGACGUGUCAGUGCUUGGUGCUUUCGGAUUUUACUAUGCCCGUGAACUACACCUUGGAGACAAUGAUUCUCUACAUCCAGGGAGAGUUCACCAGAAGCCGGGAAGCGGAAGUAGGCGUUUGGGCAAUGGUGGGUAUGAUUGUACGACUGGCAAUGCGUCAAGGCUACCACCGCGAUCCCUCGCAUUAUCCCAAUGUGACACCUUUUCAAGUGGAGAUGAGGCGUCGCGUUUGGACAUAUAUUCGAAUGAUGGAUAUUUUGUUCUCUUUUCAGAUGAGUCUACCAAACAUGAUCCGGAAAGAGGACAGUGAUACGCAGCUGCCGCAAAAUUAUUACGAUGACGACUUCGACGAGGAUACCAAGGUGCUGCCGCCGCCAAGACCGGGAUCUGAGUCGACACCGGUGGCAUAUAUGAUUAGCAAAGCUCGGCUUUCCUUUGCUUUUGGCAAAAUUGUUGGCCACCUACAUACACGGUCCCUUUGCUCGUACGAUGAGGUGAUGCGGCUUGACAAUGAGCUGCGCGCGGCGUACGCGAUGAUUCCACCUCAUCUUCAGCUUCGACCGAUGACUGAAAUGGGUCGUGAUCCACCUAGUGUCAUAAUGCAGCGAUUUAGCCUGGACUUCCUGUACAAUAAAGGCCAGUGUGUGCUUCACAGGAAAUUCCUCGCUCGGGCUCGAGAAAAUCCUCGAUACGCGCAUUCGCGUCGCACGUGCGUCGAUUCAGCCAUGGAAUUGUUGCAUCACCAGACUGUGCUACAUACCGAGUCUCGACCACAGGGCCGGCUACGAGGCGUGGAAUGGUUCGCGUCGUCUCUCACAGCACAUGAUUUUAUCAUGGCAGCAAUGAUCGUCUGCUUGGAUCUGUACCAUGGCACCGAGGUCAAGAGCCCUAAUGGCACCUCCGCUGACUUCUACACGUGGGGGCUUGAACGGCGACCGGAUAUGAUUCAGGCGCUUGAAACUUCUAAGGCUAUUUGGGAUGGUCUCAAAGAACGUUCUGUCGAGGCGUACAAGGCCUCAGGGUUAUUGUCGGUUAUGAUUGAUAAACUUCGCCAAGACCGAGCUGGUGUACCUCCAACUCCGCCCUCGCAACCAUCACCGGCCAUGCGAGGAAGCACGUAUCCAGGCGGUGGCAGCUUCCCUGUCACAGAUGGAACUUUUGCAUAUUCUCGGGAAGACCCCAAACCUGAACAUUCCGCUGCCAUGACCUUGGGCAUGCUGAGCGCGGGUGGGAUGACUCCGAACUCUGGAGCCAUAUUUGACCGUGCUUAUUAUCCUCCAACACUGGGCGAUGUAAAUAUUACGGAUGCUACCCCAACGACCAACCCAGUUGGCAAUGCAAAUUCGAGCCUGACAGAUUUGGCGCCUCAAAUGUCACUAGACCCACCAGUAACUAGCUCAAGCAGCAGCGCACCAACAAGUGGAUUGGAUACAUCGACGGGAGUAGCAGCGAGCGCACCAAGUCCAUUCUCCCUCUUCGGUAGCGGCAUAGCACCGACAGCAGCAAUGGAUUUCUCCGCACCGAAUCUUGACUGGGAUGCUUGGGAUUCAUACAUACAAAACAACAGCCUCGAUCCGAACAUGAACCCCUUUUGGUCAGGGAACAAUUUUGACAUGACGUUAUCUGUAUCUUCAGCUGACAUGGGGUUUGACCCGUUGCGGUCGCCUUCCACAACGCAUCAACCAUCACUUUCUCAACCGGAGCCGCAAACUCACCAUCCAGCCGCCUCACAAGCUGGAGGUUCAAAUUUAAGCUUCACUUCUGCCCCCGCUGGCACGGGAACCGGGUUCUCGGGAAUGAAUCCUUCGUCCGGAGCGAGCUAGCGUUGAAGAUGAUUGUGCAAUUCGCGUUGACUGGAAUGCAAAGCGAAACCCACAGAUUUGAUGUACCUCUUUUUCAGUUCAAGUCGACUUUUGAGAUACCAGAUACCAUGUCACGAUAACAUUUCGGAUCUACUAAUGGAAGGGACAUGGAUGAAAUGCAAAUAGGAUACGGCGCCAUGGGAAUACGAUACGAUAGCACUUUUCUUUUAC